UGUUUUCUCAAUUUCUCACUCUUCUUCCCCCCCCCCUCCGCAAGGGCAGUGGUGCGGUCCGGCAUUGGCCAGCAGCCUCGGCCGGCGCUACCACCCACCGCCGCGUCGUCAAGGGCCUCCUUUCCUCGUCCUCCCCCACCCCCAUUGUUGAGGCACAAGUGGAAGAGGCCGCCUCCGCUCGGAACUCAGCCGCCGCCGCUGCUGCUGCCGCUGCCGCCGCCGCGAGUGUCCCCCCCCCGCCUCUCCCCGCUGGUGUAUGAGGGAUUCAUAACCGCGAGCCGUCGUCCCCCGCCAUGUCCACGCCGGCCCGGAGGCGCCUCAUGCGGGACUUCAAGAGGCUGCAGGAGGAUCCCCCGGCCGGAGUGAGCGGAGCCCCCUCGGAGAACAACAUCAUGGUGUGGAAUGCCGUCAUCUUUGGGCCAGAGGGAACCCCAUUUGAGGAUGGAACUUUCAAGCUUACCAUAGAAUUCACGGAAGAAUAUCCAAACAAGCCACCUACUGUCAGAUUUGUGUCUAAGAUGUUUCAUCCGAAUGUCUAUGCAGAUGGUAGUAUAUGUCUGGAUAUCCUUCAAAACCGUUGGAGCCCUACCUACGAUGUGUCAUCCAUCUUAACAUCCAUACAGUCUUUACUGGAUGAGCCUAACCCGAACAGCCCGGCAAACAGCCAAGCGGCUCAGCUAUACCAGGAGAAUAAGCGGGAAUACGAAAAGCGGGUUUCUGCCAUAGUAGAACAGAGCUGGCGUGACUGUUGACCUUGGCUGCUGAUGCAAAUGAACACUCUGAUGAGGAAAAUAUAUGUAUGAAGUGUCUCUGAGUCCACCACCACCUCCUCUUCCUCCUCUUCCUCCUCUUCCUCGCAUCACUGCAUUUACUCGGAAAGCAAAACUAGCUGUCUGUGCCGUUGCCAACUUCCCUCGCUGGAUCUCUCUUUUUUUUUUCCUCUUUGGACAUCAGAAAAAAAAGAAAAAGAAAAACAACCCCUCCUUCCCCCCCCCCCCACCUUCCCCUUGAGGUCAAAUGUACUGUACUUGGGUUACUUGUUAAAAGAAUGACUGAGGCUGAAUUUCCACUUCCUGUGGGGUUGACGGGGGUUGUCUACCAUCGCCAGUCUUAGGGGCAGUAUUGUGUUUUUCUUUUUCUCCCCCCUCCCCUUCCCACUGUAGUGUACACUUAAGCUUUUAAUUGUAAUUGUGUUAUACACAGUGACGCUUACGUGUAGCUUGAUUCAAAAGAGAGAGAGAAAAAGGAUGUUUAUAUACAAUAUACAUUUUUAACUAUGACUCGAGUUGCUGAUCUGUCUUGAAGCUGGUCAUUUAACCGUUGGGUUUCAACGCCACUACAUCCGUGAGUAUUUUAUGGAAGAAAGGGGGUGUGCUGCUUGUCCAUUUUCCCCCUCCCAAGCCUCCUUUUUCAGCUGUGUGGGUUUUGCAAAACCGAUCUCCAGGUCAAGCUAGAGGGUGGGUGGGUGCUAGGGUGGGUGGGUGGGGCAGGGGGCCAAUCCCUGCUUUUAUGGGUCAGGUGCAAGGUGAUUUGAUUGGUGUUACGUGUGGACGUAAACACAAUAACGGGCACUUUCAGGAGGUGCUCAGAAGGGCUUAAGUCACGCUUUGAGUAAAGUUGUGGGCGAGUACAGGAGUCAAGAGCUGGUGGCCGAAAGGGUGCGUAAGGGCAAACUUCAAAUGCUUAAAUAAAAAACACCCCCCCCCCAUUUCCCCCCACUUCUAUGAUUUUAAAUUUCUACCUCUUAACCUUGGGGAGGGGAAGGGGAAGGAAAUGAGAUUGUUACAGGCUUUGCUUACUGUUUGGGAGAAAAAGAAGGAGGGGAAAAACAAAAAGAUUGCAAAUGCUACUGCAGCAUGUGUCUCUUCUCUGUUCUUCUUCCUUGCCUUCCCUCUGCCUGAUUUUACAGGGUUGUUUCACAUUUGGGUUUUGUGUGCGUGCGUGCGUGUGAAGCCGAGUUUGUACUUUAAUCAGCAGUUUGGGAGGAGACCGAUUGGUGGGUUUUUGUCCGCUCUACCAGUGUCUUCUAUGUAUACGUGAACUCUGGAGUACAACUUUGCACAAGUAACCCAUGUAAGAAACUGUACAUUUUUCAAUGACUUGUAAAUAAAUGUGUAACCGAAAUGCUUAA